AUGAAAUUUUCUUCCGCUUUAGUCCUAUCCGCUGUUGCCGCCACUGCUCUUGCUGAGAGUAUCACCACUACCAUUACUGCUACCAAGGAUGGUCACGUCUACACCAAGACCAUCACCCAAGAUGCUACUUUUGUCUGGGGUGGUGAAGGUUCUUACGCAAGUGCCACUUCCGAAGUCUCUUCUGCUGCUGCUGCUGAAACCUCUGCUGCUGCUGAAACCUCUGCUGCUGCUGAAACCUCUGCUGCUGCUGAAACCUCUGCUGCUGCUGAAACCUCUGCUGCUGCUGAAACUUCUGCUGCUGCUACAACCUCUGCCGCUGCUGCUACAACCUCUGCUGCUGUAACCUCCGCUACCGCUGAGACUUCCGCUGAUGAAGGUUCUGGUUCUAGUAUCACUACCGUCAUUACUGCCACCAAGAACGGUCACGUCUACACCAAGACUGUCACACAAGAUGCCACUUUUGUCUGGACUGGUGAAGGCAGCAACACUUGGUCCCCAAGUACUAGCACUUCCGCCAGCUCAGAAGCUGCUUCAUCUUCCUCUUCAGCAGCUAAAACCACCACUGUUGAAACUUCCACUAGUGCCACAUCCUCCACCACUGCUCAAAUCUCUAGCUACACUGGUGCUGCCGAUGCCAUCACCGCUGGUACCGGUUUGAUGGGUGCUGCUCUUGCUGCCGUCAUGUUAUUGUGA